UCAAAACCGAAUAAUCCGCACUAAUAUUAUCAGCUGCGUGUUGUUUUCGUUCGUCGCGAUCGCCGUCAACACGUGGUCGUGUUAAAAUUAGUCAAAUCGUGGUGUUAAGUGACUUAAAACCUCCGAAAGUGAUCCGAAAUCAUCGCGGCUACCAACACUCGGCACAUCAUCAUCGAAUUGAUUUAUCAUCAUUGUCGUCAGCCAAAACAAUCGCUGACUUAAGAUGGCCUGCUACGACAUGUCUUUUCGCCAGCGGGACUUGGGCCCCGAGCAUCCCAGGAAUUUAAUACCGGAAUUGUGCAGGCAGUUUUACAAUCUCGGAUGGGUCACCGGCACCGGAGGCGGAAUAAGCAUCAAAGACGACGACCGAAUCUACAUCGCUCCUUCCGGUGUUCAAAAGGAGCGCAUCCAGCCCGAGGACAUCUUUGUGCAGGACAUAAACGGCGUGGACUUGGAAACCCCGCCGCCGUCGAAAUGCCUGAAGAAAAGCGCCUGCACGCCGCUAUUCAUGGCGGCGUACACUAUGCGCGGAGCGGGCGCUGUGAUUCAUACGCAUUCUAAAGCUGCCUUGUUGGCGACAAUGGUGUUUCCCGGCAAUGAGUUCCACUGCACGCAUUUGGAGAUGAUUAAAGGCAUUCGGAACUGCAAGCUGGGAAGGAACUACAAUUACGAUGAGGAGUUGAUUGUGCCGAUUAUUGAGAAUACGCCAUUCGAGCAGGAUUUGAAGGAUAGUUUGGCGGCUUGCAUUCAGGCUUAUCCAGAGACGAAUGCUGUGUUGGUUCGUCGUCAUGGGGUUUACGUAUGGGGUGACAACUGGCGACAAGCAAAAACAAUGACUGAGUGCUAUGACUACCUCUUCGACGUAGUCAUCAGCUUGAAGCAGCUGGGCAUCGGGUCGCACCUGACUCCCGAACAGUACGAGCUCAAGUAUCAGGCCAACAAGGCCGGAAGACUGAGCGAAUAAACCGCCUUGAGUGCCUUACAUCGCCCACCGCAAACCCGUCAUCAUCAUCAUCAUCAUUAUCAUCAUCUGGUAACGUCAAUUAAACAUAAACAUAUUCUAUUCGUUUAUGUCCCUUCAUCAAUUAAACCUACUUCUCCUUACUUUAAUAUCAAUUAUCAAGUACAUGCUGAAUGAAAUAAAUGGUGGAGCAAUAUCGCAAAUAGAAAAAUACAUGAUGACAUUUACACAACAA